AUAUGACAUUCAAAUAAUCAAUCCAACAGGAUCAUGGAUCCAAGUCACCGUUUUUUAUAAAAUGAAGCAAAAAAUCUAAAAAAAUAUCCUUUUUAUAAAUAUCCUUUUACAAAAGCAAUAAACAAAAUCAGACACAAUGGGUGAUAAGCCUGGCGCGAAACCUGGGGCGCCAGCACCAAAGCCCAUGAUGCCCAAAUACAUGAACUUCAUCAUAGGUGGAGCUAGCGGGAUGUUGGCAAUUUGUGUAGUGCAGCCUGCCGAUUUGUUGAAGACCCGUAUGCAGCUACUGGGUAAAAAGGGGAAGGAAAUGGGCUUGGCCAAUGUCGCCAAGUCUAUCAUUAAGCACGAGGGCAUUUUCGGUUUCUACGUGGGCUUAUCAGCUGCCCUUCUCCGACAAGCUACUUAUGGCACGGGCAGGCUUGGUGCUUUCAAUGCAUUGUUCGAUUUACACAAAGCUCACUACGGUCCCCCCUCGUUCCCCAAGAAGAUUAUUUUGGGAAUGGGCGCCGGAGCCUUUGGCGCGUACAUCGGCACUCCGGCUGAAGUGGCACUGAUCCGCAUGACGGCUGACGGCAGACUGCCGCCAGAGAAGAAGAGGAACUAUAAGAACGUCUUCAACGCCUUAGCCAGAAUAACGCGCGAAGAAGGAAUAACGACACUGUGGAGAGGCGCCAGCGCCACUGUCAGCAGAGCUAUGGUCGUGAACGGCGCCCAACUGGGUACCUAUUCACAGGCUCGAGAAGUACUGAUGUCAUAUAUGGGCGACGGCUUACCACUUCACGCGGUGUGCGCGAUGAUCGCUGGGUUCAUCACCACUGUUGCCUCGCUUCCUGUCGACAUCGUCAAGACCAGAGUACAAAAUUCAGAAACCGGCGCGGGCCAAAUGGAAGUACUGAGGAACGUCAUCAAGAACGAGGGUAUCAUCACCUUGUGGAGCGGCUUGCUACCAACUUACGCCAAGAUAGGACCCAUGACCAUCCUUAUAUUUGUAUUCCUUGAACAGCUUAACAAACUGUACUUCACAUUAACGGCUCCGCCUCCGCCUAAGUAAUUCAACCAGGAGCUCGUAUAAGUUCAAGUGAAUUGAAAUAAUAAAAAGGGCAAAACGGGGAUCACGCAAAAAAAA